GGACGGCGGCCAAUGGACUGGCAGUGGAGUGCCUCAAAUGGUCGGGGGCUCAGCUGAUGUCUUCCAGUGGAGUUGUUUUGAACUGCAGAGAAGGCGAGUGCGGGGGGCACAGGGGGACAUGACACCAUGACAGCUGCUGCCAUCCCUUGGCCGGUGGAGCUGGGGCUGACCGUGCUGUCCACGGGGCUGUGCUCGCUAUUCUUCCUGAACGUCUAUGUGCAGCUCUGGCUGCUGCUGCACUAUAGGCAGAAGAGGCUCAGCUACCAGAGCUUGCUGCUCUUCCUGUGCCUGCUCUGGGCUGCCUGCAGGACCGUCCUGUUCUCCUUCUACCUGACCAACUGUGCCCGGGCCAAUGAGCUGCAACCCUUCCCACACUGGCUGCUCUACUGCUCCCCUAUCUGCCUGCAGUUCUUCACCCUGUGUCUGCUCAACCUCUACUUUUCCCAGGUUAUUUUUAAAGCUCGCUGCUCCCCGGAGUUCAACAGAUACAAGAUCCCCCUUCAUUUUGGAUUUUUACUUACUAGCCUCGCCUUCCUGAUAGUGAACUUGUCCUGCAUCUUAAUCGGCAAUAGCACAGACAACCAGCAUGGAUGGAUCACCAUGACCCGGGUCAUAUUCAGUGACUGUCUCUUUGCAGCUUGUUCCAUCUCUCUGGCCAACAACACGUACAGGAUCGCAAACAUGUCCCCUGCAUACGUCUACCUGGAGUCAAAGGGAACCUCAGGAAGCCAAGCAGUUGUAACUGGCUCAGUGAUCAGCGUACUGUAUAUACUGAGGGCCUUUUACAACCUGGUGAUUGUUUCCAUCCAGCCAGACAGCAAGCCGACCCCCUUCAGCUACGGCUGGAAUGGAGUAUCUGAUCACGUUGUUACAGAAGAGACCAAUGAUCUGGAAUAUUUCCUCUUUGUAAUUAUUCUCCUUAUCUGUGAGUUCCUGCCAAUGAGUCUCAUGGCUUGCUUCUUCCGUGCUAAAAAGCUGAGUCAGAACUUGGAAGCGGCGGGUAUGGUCAAUAGUCACAGCUUUGGAUCCAGAGCGUACUUUUUUGACAAUCCUAGAAGAUAUGACAGUGAUGACGACUUGCCCAGGCUGGCAGGUACCAGAGGAGAGCGAGGAAGCUUGUCGUCCACCCCCAAGUCCUCCGGAUGGUAUGGUACCAUAUGUUAUUGCAUACACAUUCCGUUUUUUGUUUUGAUUUUCCUUUGUCGAGACUGCGAAGAUUUAAGCAUGGGACGCCACCGUUCUUAA